UUUCACUCCAGAAAAUUGAAAGCACCUUGACUCUUUUUAGGGGAAAAGCUAGGUGAAAUGUGGUUGUGUUCAUCUGAUUGGCCACUUACUCCCCACCUUGGUGCUUUCAUGAAACAUUUGCACACCUGAAGAAAUCCCUUUAUCCUUGUGGUAUUAUAUAAAUUAAUGAUUAACAGGAGAAACAUUUGUUUUUGAAUAUUCCACAAAUGAGAACCCCAAAUAGUGGUAUUUGGCUUGGAAUUAGAUCAGAUAUUAUGGUUUAACCUCACAGCAAAAUUUCCAGGACUGGGCUUUCCUCACACCAAGAGGGCUUUUCGUAUACCAAGGAGAGGAAGAGGUGAAGUCAGAAAAUCAAGAGGCCAAAAACUUCAGUUCAUCCCCAAACUGCUCAAAAGACAUUUCUGCCAAGAAGAAAAGAUGAGUUUUUAGGGAGCUUGAAGAAAAUAAGUUAACAAAAUGAAGUCAUUGGGCUAACCCGGAUGGAUGUCUGCUCUGCGACAGACCGUGGACUCUCGGCCCUGAGUGGGGACAGGAGUUGCUCUGUCUGAGGAGGAAUAUGGUCAGGCCCCUCCCUGGGGCUGUGCCCUUGCCUUCAUUUACCCCAGGCUAAAUUGGUGCUUUCAUCCUCUUUCAGUCCUUCAGCCACCAUGAAGUUGCCAGUAGGACUGGCGGUCCCUAGUCCUCCAGAUACAUCUCACCAUCCCCACCCAAAACCUACUUGCAAGCUCCUUCCCCUUCUUUCCCACUUCUUCCCACCACUCACUUCCACCUCAUAGUUAUCCUCACUCUUCUCAUCCAGACAUCCCGCUCACCCCUACCAAGCCCCUCUGAAUUAGCAAGGAGGACAAGGAGCCUGGGGAGUUGGAGGGGGGGACAUUCUCACAGAAUAUGUAGUUAAGUCACCAAGCUCUGAGGACACCAUUCCUGCCCAGUUCAGGCCUGGGCCUCACACCUCUCUCAUGGAUCACUCUAUCCCCUGAUCUGGGUUCCCUUCCUCUACUCUGGCCCUCCAACAUCUAUACCACAAAUGGACUGCUAUAAUGAACUCUUGAAAAGAGAUGCAAACUUGUCAAAACUUCCAAAGGAUCAACUUAAAACUCCAGGUAUGGCAUUCAAGGCCCUUCCUAGGAACCUCUAAUUUAUCUUUGCACCUUCAACUCCCAAUAUUUACCCUCUACCUACAUUAAACCUGGCAUGUUCACCAGACACGACCUAUUUAUUCCCACCUCUGCCAGAGUGUCCUGUCCCUCUUUACACGGCUCUUUACCUGCUGGACAAACGCCUUACCACCUCAAAAUCCAUGUGGUAGGUUAAAUAUGGCCACAAAUUUUUGGAACUACUCUUCAUCCUUUGUAUCUGGAUUGGUCUUGUGACUUGCUUCGAUCAACAGAAUGUGGUGGAAGUGACAUGUUGCAAGUUCUGAAGCCCAGGCCUCAAGAAGGCUCGUAGUCUCCACCGUCACCAUCUUGGAAUCCUGAGACCCACAUGCCCUGAAGCAGCCCAGGAUGAAAGAGUCCACGAGAGUGAGCCCAGCCGCCAGAGUUGAGCCCAGCUCCCAGCUUACACGUAGCUGAACAGAGCCACAUGAGAGAGCCCAGAUGGCUUUUCACCGCCGCAGGUCCAUGAAAUCCAAGCUCCUGGCCUGCCUUCUGGUGGGUGUGAGUUUCUUGGCCCUGGGUCAGUGGUUCCUCCAAGUGUCCACGUCUCAGCAGGAGAAGGUGAGGGAUGGCUCCCAGUCAGCUGUGGGUGUGACCCCUGCCGUGCCACCGUCCGCAUCCAGCCCAGGGCCCGCGUGCAUGGCCAAUGCCUCCGUGAAUGCCACGGCCGACUUUGAGCAGCUGCCCGCGCGCAUCCAAGACUACCUGCGGUAUCGCCACUGCCGCCAUUUCCCGCUGCUCUGGGACUCGCCAGCCAAGUGCGCGGGCGGCCGCGGGCCUUCCUGGCUGCUGGCCGUGAAGUCGUCGCUGCUGUACCCGCUGGAGGCGCGCGAGCACAGCGACGUGCUGCAGUGGGCCUUCGCCGACACCUUCCUCAACCUCACGCUCAAGCACGUGCACCUGCUCAACUGGCUGGCGGUGCGCUGCCCGCAUGCGCGCUUCCUGCUCAGCGGCGACGACGACGUCUUCGUGCACACCGCCAACGUGGUCAGUUUCCUGGAGGCGCAGCCGCCCGACAGCCACCUCUUCGUCGGGCAGCUCAUGAGCGGCUCUGUUCCCAUCCGCGACAGCUGGAGCAAGUACUUCGUGCCCCCGCAGCUCUUCUCGGGGCCGGCCUACCCGGUGUACUGCAGCGGUGGCGGCUUCCUCCUGUCCCACUACACAAUCCAGGCCCUGCACCGGGCCGCCCGCCACACCCCGCUUUUCCCCAUCGACGACGCCUACAUGGGCAUGUGUCUGGAGCGCGCCGGCUUGGCUCCCAGCGGUCACGAGGGCAUCCGGCCUUUCGGCGUGCACAUGCCUGGCGCCCGGCAGCCCUCCUUCGACCCCUGCGUGUACCGCAAUCUGCUGCUUGUGCACCGCUUCGCGCCCUACGAGAUGCUGCUCAUGUGGAAGGCGCUGCACGAUCCCGGGCUGAGCUGUAGCCAAGGGCACAGGGUCUCCUGAGGCCGGGUGGGCUGCGGUGGGUGGGUAAGCAGCCUCUACACGGGAUGCUUUCUGGAUACCUUCUUUCCUAUCCAGCUCCCUGCACCUGAAUUCGAGCCACAAACCAGAAUCACCUGGGUGAAGAGGGUGGAAAAUGCCUAAAUCCUGGCCACAUCUCCAAAAGUGUCCCCAGACUUCUAGGUACUGUUAAAGUUCUUUUGGGGAUUCGAAUGUGCAGCUAGAAAAGAAGCCCACUGGGCAUGGGAGCAUCUGUUAUCCUUCCAAACCCACCUCCAUCACCCCCUCUACAGCUUUCCAGGACACCCACCUCAAAUCACUGUAGACAAUGGAGCAAGAGAGGGGUGAAGAGCCAGGAUUAAAUGUCACCUGCAGGUGCAGUACACGUGAGUUGUCACUUCAUCAUUUCCUCCACAAUUGCAUGGAACUGAACGGACAGCCAUCAUCAAAACCAGCAGUCACAUCAUUCUGACCUCUGCUUCCAUUGGCCCCAUAUCCUCCUCUGACUCUCCUGCUUCCCCUUUCACUUAUAAAAACUCUUGUGGUCACAUUGGGCCUCUUGGAUAAUCCAAGAGAGUCUCCUUGUCUUAAGGUCAGCUGAUCAGCAAUCUUAAUUCCAUCUGCAAACUUAAUUCCCCUUUGCCCUGCAACCUAAUGUAUGCACUGUAUGUUCUGGAGAUUAGGACGUGGACAUCCCUGGCGUGUGCACAGACCUCACUGCUGCAAAUAACUGGUAACCCAAGUCAAAAUGGCUCAACAUAGAAAGUCAUUUAUUACAGUUAAGUAGUCUGGUGGGAGGGAGGCUCCAAAGCUGGUGAAUUCAAUGACUGCAUGAUGCCAUCAUGGACGCAGGCUCCCCCACCUUUCUGCUUUGCCAUCCUCAGGACACUAUUCUUCUCGGCCACAAGGUGGUUGCUGCUCUUCCAGACAUCCUGUCCAUUUGGAAGGAAGGAGCUCUUCCAAAAGCCCCCGGAAGACAUCCUCUAAUAUCUUACUGGCAAACAACAGUAUCUACCUUUGUUUUCUGCCAAGCUAACUUGCCCUGGGGACCACCCCUCACCAAUUCUAUGUGGUUUUGGGGAAACUGUCAUUCACAUUACACAAUCUCCCCCAGCAACAGUGGUUGGAACGUACUCAUGUACCAUCCAAAAAGCGAUUCUGAGUCCUUUUGGUGGGGUUUCAUGUGGACACUGGAAGAAAGUUUUCUCUUCCAUUAGCAUGGCUGGGCUGGGAUGAUGUAAGCUGAGCUGCCAGCUGCUAUCCUGCCCAGGCUGGUGGGGAGAGCCCCUCUGCAGUGGGAGAGGGAAGGCCCACACACAGGGGAAGCAGAGAGAAAAAGAGGGGAGGCAGAAACUGGAGGAUCUCCUUGGGACCCUGAGUGGCCAUGCUUGAAGUUAGGAUAGCUGGGCUUCAUUUAGGAGAAACAGUAAAUUCCCUGGGGGCUUACAUCAUUUGGGGAUUUUAUCAUUUGCAAUAAAAAAAUAUCCACUAGAACCGUGGUCUGGCCUGAUCACCAGCAGUCAGCCUCCUCCUUUUCUCUCUUCAAGGACUCAGAAUCUACCCCGAAUCCCCACCAAGAGACCUUCAUCCAACCCCUGAUGCAUAUCCAGCUGCCUCAGUAGUCAUCUGGUCUUGAAUAUACUGCAGGCACCCUGACUGAAGCCUCUCUCAAGCCUGCCCCUCGACCAACAUUCCCAUCUCGGUAAAUGGCAGUAUCAUGCCCUGAUUUGUCCAAGCCAAGACUGGGAGGGGGUAUCUCAAACUCCCCCUCUCCCCAUCUGAUCAAUCACCAAGUUCCAUAGACUUUACCUCUAAAAUCUCUCUCCACCUCCAUCUCUGUGGACACCAGCCUGGCCUAGGCUACCAGCAGCUCUCACGUGGGCCUCAGCCAGAGGCACCUAGGGAUCCAUUCUCCACUCUGCAGCCAAAAGGCAGAUCUGCUCACAUUUUGGGCCUUCCUAAACUCUGCCCCUGCUGUCCUCAGAUGGUAGGCAGACUCUUGACUGGACUGGUUGACCUGCGUUCCUUGCCUUCAGCUGAUCUCUCUUCACUCUGCCAGGGCUCAUGGAACCUCUGGUGUUCAGUGCACUGUCUUGCCUCUAGGCCUUCCCACAUGCUGUUUCCUUGCCUGAAACACCUUUCCACUCUCACUUCAUUAGACAGAAACUUCGAUAUAAGGUUAAGUAUCAUUCCUUGGAGAAGCCUUUCCCAACCCUUGUCCCAGGGCACAGAGCUGCCCAGCACCGCCUCUCCUCACCUCCUGCCUGGUUAUGGCUCUGAAUUCCCCGGAGUCCCCAGCAUCUGCCACUGCCCCUGAAAUUCGGUGUCUGUGUUAGUUUCCUACUGCUGCUGUGACAAACAACCGUGCAGAUGUACUGUCUUACAGUUCCGUAGGUCAGAAGUCUGACACAAGCCUCAUGGGGCUAAAAUCAAAGUAUCAGCAGGACUGCAUCCCUUGCUGGCAACUCCGAGGAGGAUCUAUUUCCUGGUCUGUUUUUUCCAGCUUCUAGAGGCCCCUUCUGCCAUCUUCAAAGCCAGAAUGAUGGCCUCCCUCUCUGACUCUUCAGCCUGCACCUUCCACUUUUAAGGACCCCUGUGAUCACAUUGGGUCCACCUGGUAAUCCAGGAUUAUCCUCCUGUCUUAAAGUCAGCUGAUCAGCAACCUUCAUUCCAUCUGUAACCUUAAUGUUCUUUUCCCAUGUAAACUUACAUAUUCAUAAGUUCCAGGGAUUAGGGUGUGGACAUCUUUUGGGGGCCAUUAUUCUACUUACCUCAGUAUCCAAUACAUAUUUGUUGAAUAAAUGAGCCAUAAUGAAAUAAUGAACAAAAAUUAAUAAAUAAACAAAUGUGCAUCCUUCAAGCAGACCUCCUUGAUGCAGACUGCUACCUGGACAGUUGAGUGUCACUGACACUGAAUUCCUGUUUCUCCAGUUGCCAUUUUUCAAGUGUUUGUCACAGAUAAGAAAACAAGAAUGCUGAGGCCAGGAGAGGACACCUCUGUGUCCUUUGGAAAAUCUGAAUUCUGUGCUUUGACUACAUCCUCCCAUUUUCCUGACAGGCAGGUGGAUUAUUCCCACUUUAUGGGCAAAGAGAUUGAUUCAGGAACGUCACAGUUCAGAAGAGUCAGAAUGCCGCAGUUAUGGGACUGCUGUGUUACUCUGGGUCCUGGUCACCCCAUGUCUGGACUGCUAGCGUCACCAGGCCCAGGGAAGGCCCGCGGCUCACACAGCCCUAGCACCGCCUGAUGUCCCCUAGCUCACCCCGCCUGGCUCAUCGGGCACUUUUGCGCCCCGAGGCCGCCAGGGGGCGCGCCCCGCACACGGUUUCCGCGCAGAGGCUGAUGGUUGGUCCUUGGGCCACGUAAAGCCCGUGAUCCCAACCAACUCCCUUAAUCCGGACAGCGUUGCUAACAAGGACUCCUCAAGAGCAAAGAAAA